GGCCAAAGAAGUCUUGGGGAGAGGUGAUCAGGCGGGAUAUGACGCAGCUUGAGCUAACCGAGGACAUGACUCUUGACCGCUUUCUUGGUGGCCAAAGGUAGCAGUCCGAGACUGAAAUCGGCGACGAAGUCGACCAAAACUUGUGAUUUGAUCGUAGUCUUGGGUUUAUAUUCGAUGUCAAAUUCACUCAUUUCGACUGCCCACUUGGCCAGUCGACCUGGCAAUUCCAGUUUGUGAAGGACAUUCCGCAGGGGAAAAGUUGUCACCAUGGCUAUCGGGUGACAUUGAAAGUAAGGCCUAAGCUUUCGAGUGGCGACUAUGAGAGUUAAAGGCCAAUUUUUCGAGCCACCUCGGCGAUCUUUGGAUGGAUACAAGCAUGUUGUAGAUAUGGAAUAUUGUUCAGCCGUUACAUCUGAAGGUCCCCAUUUCCCUCCCGAGGCAGCCAAAGCAAAGGAGGCAGCUCAAAAUGCACCCAGCGCACAGACCACAUUGGAAUACCAUGAAAUUAUGGAAGAGGAAAUGAUAGGUGGCUUGCAGCAGUUAAGUUGGAAGAAAGUUGAUGUUAGCUUUCAUUCAGCAUUUUGGCCUUUCUUCGCCCAUAACAAUAUCCAUGUAAAGAAUGAAUGGUUUCACAAUGCUGGAGCUGGAGUAAUUGCACAUGUGGCAGACCACAUAAAGCAACAAGAGAAGCAACGGGAAUACUCCUUAUUUUUAACUGCUAGUUUGUAGUUCAUGCAGCUGUUCAACAAUUGAUAUUGUUUAGAAAGGAAUGACGCUAGUUACUUCCUUCUAAUAGCUAUAAUUGAUUGCAAUGUUACUCUGUUUUAAGUUGCUGUAAAGUACUUGGGCAAACUGCAAAAACUUUAGGAAGUCUUGUGGAACUGGACAAUGUUAUACUAAAAUGGUGUUGCUUUCGUUGUGUAA